UUAAUCCACAUCUGGUGAUUAACUAUUUAUUUUCAGUUUUUUCUAGAAAACCUUUAAAAAAAGGAUUUUAAUAGUUUGCAUCAAACGGAUUGAGUUAAAGCGUCCUGUUAAUGAGGCUUCCCAUGUUGUUUACAGGUGCCACCGUUUGCUUGUUGCUCACAGUCUAGGGGUCAAAGUUGACCCUCGUGUGUAUUUACGGCCUGAUAGGCAGAGAACAGGUUGAGGCUGAGGACUGGAUGCGCAGCUUCCCAGCUGACAAGCGCGUAUCGGACAAAAGCGCAGCAGAGCGGAUGGCGAGCAUCCGCAUCCUUACCGACUGAGGAUUUUUUUUUCUCUUUCUCUCUCUAAAUUUUCUGCACAGCUGCUUGGCGACAGGAAAUAUAUAUCCGCGUUAUCUCCUGAGGGAGGAGGACAGAUGCAUGGCUGGAGCUGCUGCUUGAGCUGAUUCGCCGGGAGGACUGGGAAGAUUUCGGAGCGUUUCUAGCGGAGCUGGCAGCGGAAGGUCCGCGACGCACGGCCAGGCACGAGUCUGUGGCUCCGAGACGCGCGCAUCGGUUUCAGCGUCUGGAAGCGGACUGAGAGGAGUCUGUGCGCACAGAGCAGAAAAAUAAAGUCGCAGCCAAAAUUUCUCUUUCGGUUUAUUGUGCGCGCUGCUGCCUGCAAGUUAGGAGCGAAGCGCACCGCUGGAAGUUUAUGCGCCUCGGAGAGACCCGCUGGAUCCUCUUACAGGUGCAGCAGGUGGACAGCCGAAUGGACUGAAGAAGUGACGGACAGAGGUUCACAAGUGAGGAGGAGGGAUUUGAAGAGGAAAUCAGUCACAGGACGAGAAUCACACAGUGGAGAGAGAAAUAAAGGGGAGCUGAAAGAAAGUGAAAUAAUCCAGUGGUGAACACCUCAGCAGAGUGUCAGUAUCAAAAGGGAGGGAGUUGGAUACCCAGCAUGCCGGCAGCAUGGAAAGGGUGAGGGAGCAGCGGCCUUUCUGCUCGCUGUCCAAGAGCCACAGGGAGCGGGACAGAGACUGUGAGAGAGGGAAGGAUCGGGAGCGGCGCUACACGGCUUCAUCCACGGACCGGGAAGACGGAGUCUGUCGGGUUCCCACGCAGAAAUCAUACAGUUCCAGUGAGACCCUGCAGGCCUUUGACCAUGACCCGUCGCGGAUGCUGUUUGGAGGCAGAGUUAAGGAGAUGGUCCACAAGGAGACACCAGAGUACGCCAGGCCUGGACAGACAUUUUCAUUGAGGCAACUCGGGAUUUGUGAGGCACCAGCUCGCAGAGGCUUGGCUCUCUGCCCUGAGACUGGCCUGUCCCACCCACUCAGCAGCUACACCCGUGGGCCAGCUGCCACAGAAAACCAUGAACCUGUAUCACCGGAACGUACCAUGACUCUUUGGGGAACGGGGGCAAAAUCGGGGCAGAAUUCAUGCCUCUCCAGCCGUUCCAACUCAGCGCUCACGCUCACUGACACAGAAAUGGACAAUAAAUCGGACACCGAGAUGGGUGACAAUCUGACUAGUCAACAGGCCCCGCCUCCUAUCCCACCUGCACCACCCCCACAUAAGCAGCACCCGUCAAUUACCUCCCUGAGCCGGAGCUCACUGGCCAAUCAGAGGAGCCCGAGUCCACCCCCCACAGCCGGCCUGGCGGCUGACUUGCAGAGUACGGCGGAAUGCGUCCAGCUGCAGGACAGCUGGGUGCUGGGCAGCAAUGUGGCCCUGGAGAGCAG